AUGGCCGAUUUUCUUCUCUUUGAGGGCCCUAUGGGCUACUCAAUUUUCAAGGUCGCCCAUCAGGGAGACAGCGUGGGCAACCGCUUGAAAGAGGUUCAGGAGGGCGUUGAUGAUCUGGCUAAGUUUGGAAAGAUGGUUGAAUUGGCCGGUUUCUUGCCUUUUGAAAACAACAAGCAGGCUCUUAGCGAAAUUAAUGAUGUCUCGGAAGGUGUUGCUUCUGAUACUCUCGUCAAUUUUCUCGAACUGAAUCUUCCCAAGCCCAACAAGAAGAAGAAGAUCAUUUUGGGACUUGCUGAUAAGGCCCUGGCUGGAAGCAUCAAAUCGGCCUUCCCUUUCAUCGAUUGCGAGACUGGCGAUACCAGCGAUGUUGUACAGGAUAUGCUUCGUGGUGUCAGACUUCACGCCACCAAGUUGCUGAAGCAGCUCCGGGAGGGUGAUAUGGAUACUGCCCAGCUCGGUCUUGGUCACGCCUACUCUCGUGCCAAGGUCAAGUUCUCCGUGCAGCGUGACGACAACCAUAUCAUCCAGGCUAUCGCCAUCCUGGAUCAGCUCGACAAGGCCAUCAACACUUUCUCCAUGAGAGUGAGAGAGUGGUACUCGUGGCACUUCCCCGAACUCAUCAAGAUUGUUUCGGACAAUCAGCGCUACGCUCAAGUUGCCCUGUUCGUCAAGGACAAGAAUAACCUGACCGAUGAGAGCCUGCACGACCUUGCCGCCCUUGUCGAGGAUGACGAGGGUGUUGCUCAGAGCAUUAUUGAUGCCGCUAAGCACAGUAUGGGUCAGGAGAUCUCCGACUCUGACAUGGAGAACGUCAUUGCCUUUGCUCAGAGAGUCGUCAGCCUUUCCAAGUACCGCAAGUCUCUGCACUCUUACUUGGUUUCUAAGAUGAGCGUUGUCGCUCCUAACCUUGCUGCGCUGAUUGGAGAGAUUGUUGGCGCUCGUCUGAUCUCGCACGCCGGAAGCUUGACGAAUCUGUCCAAGUACCCCGCUUCUACUGUUCAGAUUCUCGGCGCUGAGAAGGCUCUUUUUAGAGCUCUGAAGACCAAGGGAAACACCCCCAAGUAUGGUCUUCUGUACCACUCUUCCUUCAUUGGUCGUGCUGGCCCCAAGAACAAGGGCAGAAUCUCUCGAUUCCUCGCCAACAAGUGUUCUAUUGCUUCCAGAAUUGACAACUUCUCCGAGGAACCCUCGACCAAGUUUGGAGAAGUUCUGAAGCAGCAGGUUGAGGAGCGUCUGGAGUUCUAUGCCUCCGGCGCCGCCCCUACCAAGAACGAAGUUGCCAUGAAAUCUGCCAUGGAUGCUGUCCUGGCCGACAUGGACAUUGACGCUGACCAGAGCGAUAAGGAGAUGGAGGACGCCGACAAGAAGGCCGAGAAGAAGGAGAAGAAGGAUAAGAAAGAGAAGAAGGAAAAGAAGGAGAAGAAGGACAAGGGUGAGAAGGAAGAGAAGAAGAAGAAGCGGAAGUCUGACGUUGGCGGCGAGUCUGACAAGAAGAAGCGGAAGCACGACAGCGAUGCUGAGCCUUCCAAGAAGAAGAAGAAGGUCUAA